AUGGAUGUGGUAUCUCCGGUCCGAGCGCUCGCCUCUAAUACAGAAUCCUGCGUCUCUCCACCGCAGUGGCAGUUCGUGGCGCGAACGCUCAUCCGUUUACAUAAGUUGGGCCAACUCAGCGGCGUAACGAAAGCGGCGCAAAAAGUUUACGACGGCCGUAAAGCCGCUGCCGGCUACUUGGGCAGCAGCCGGCCGGCGUAUACGUCACCGCGUGUGGCUUUUUUUUUAUCGGCCGCCAGUUUAUGCACUCGUAAACCGCCCGCGGCCCUUCCGUCACAUAUUAUAAAGCCGAUGCGCGGUCUAACCGGCCUUUUUAUUGCCACCGUGCAAAUUAAACGGCAAGAAAGUGACUCUAAG